AUGGGUCGUCAAAGAAAAUCAAAGAUAAAAAAAGUGUUCAAGCAAAGGAAAGAUGGGAUCUUGAAGAAGGCAUUCGAGCUUUCAACCCUAUGUGAAGUCGAUGUUGGUGUAAUUAUUUUUGGCCCGGAAGAUGCCUCGCCUUCGAUUUGGCCUAAGGAACCCGAAGUGUUGCACAACAUUGUUACAAGGUACCAAAAGACAAGUAACGAGGAACGUCGAAAAAGGGCUACUAAUAUGUACACGUCGCGUUUUCGUAACAUUGGUAGUAAUGGUAACGAUAAAAAAGAAGAUAAUUUGGUCACGGCUGAAGUUCCUAUGUACAAUAUUGACAAUUUCUCGGCAAAAGAAUUAAUGGGUUUGUAUUCUUCAAUUGAAGAAAAGAUUGAAGCUGUUAAUGCUAGUCUGCUAGAAUUAGUAUGA